AUGAAUGACCUGCAGUUGCAUGCAGUCAUGGUGCCUUUCCCUGUGCAAGGCAAUAUCAAUCCUCUUAUGAAUUUGGCUCACCUCCUCUCUUCAAGAGGAGUUUUCAUCACUUUCGUCAACACGGAAUGGAGCCACAACCGCAUGUCAACAGCUGCUGCUGCUGCUGAAUCCUCCGCCUGCACCUCCAAAUUUAAGUUUCUCGUCAUUCCAGAUGGUUUGCCACCUGAUCACGGUCGUUUCUCCAAACUUCCCGAGUAUUUGAGUGCACUGGAAAAACUUGGCCCCAUCUUGGAGCACCAUUUGCUCUGCAGCUUAACUGACGGAACUCCUCCCAUUACCUGCAUUAUAUCAGUAAAUUUCAUGUCUUGUACUUACGAAGUAGCCAACAAGCUGGGAGUGCCCCGAGUCAUUUUCUGGACAUUUUGCGCCGCCUCUUCUAUUGCUCAGUGCAACGCCAAUCUUCUCCUCUCCCACCGACAUAUUCCUGUCAAAGUGGAGGAUUUGAAGAGAGCGGAUAAAGAGAUCACUUGUUUGCCUGAAUUUCAAAAUAAGGGAGAGUAUGUGCUGGUUAACACGUUCGAUGAGGUGGACGCUCCGGAGACCGUAAGCGCACUGUCCAUCAAUGGAUGCCCAGCUUUGGCAGUAGGGCCUGUAUUUAUUCCCAAUUUCCUGGAAGGAAAAAACUUGAACGGGCUCGUGAGUCUGUCAGAGCAGGACGAUGGCUGUCUCAAAUGGCUUGACGCCCAAGAGCCAGGUUCUGUGAUAUACGUUUCCUUUGGCAGCCUUGCCGUCAAAUCGAACGAGCAGCUGGAGGAGUUGGCAGUGGGGUUGGAGAAAAGCCAGCACCCCUUUCUGUGGGUGCUACGAAUGGAUAUUGUUGGAGGCAAGCCCGGCACUCUCCCGGAGGGUUUUGUAGAAAGGACCAAAGAUCGGGGACUAAUUGUGAAAUGGGCGCCGCAAGUUAAGGUGUUGUCCCACACUUCCGUAGGAGGGUUUGUUACUCACAGCGGGUGGAAUUCGCGUUUGGAGAGCAUGAGCAUGGGAGUUCCAAUGCUUGGAUGGCCCUAUUUCGUCGAUCAGUUUCUCAACAGCCGCUUCUGUAAUGACGUGUGGAUGAUUGGCAUGGAUUUAAAGGGCGUGGAUGCUGAUGAAAAUCUGGUGGUUGGAAGGGAGGAGAUUGAGAAAGGUUUAAGGAGACUGAUGGAGGGCUCGGAAGGGGAGGAGCUGAGAAAAAGAGGGAGGGAGUUGAAAGAGGCGGCAUUUAAAGCAGUUGCGGAGGGAGGUUUUUCUUUUCUCAACUUGAACAGAUUUAUGCAUGACAUUGCACAACUUUCCAAAACAGCUUCUCGUAAAAUGGCGUAA